CUCAAAUUUGCCUUUAUCGGAUGAAGAUCACUUCGGUGCCGUUGAACCCAAAGCAGUUUCUUUGUAAAUUCCCAUACUGAAGAGGAAAUAAGCAUAUCGAGUGGAGAUUUUCUGAAGUCUCAUUUUCUUUUGCAGUUAGCCUACUGCCUUCCUUCGUUCAGAAGGGAGAACCCAACGAUUUCAGCCAUUGAAGGGCAACUAUUUCAAAGCAUCUUAAAACAUAGGCAAAUGGAGCAAACCUAUGGAGAGGUGAAUCAGUUGGGUGGCGUAUUCGUCAAUGGACGACCCCUGCCCAACGCCAUACGACUAAGAAUAGUGGAGUUGGCCCAGCUUGGAAUCCGACCUUGUGAUAUCAGCAGGCAACUUCGCGUUUCUCAUGGCUGUGUGAGCAAGAUUUUAGCAAGGUACAACGAAACGGGCUCCAUUUUACCAGGUGCUAUAGGUGGAAGCAAACCGCGGGUCACCACACCGAACGUUGUGAAAAACAUAAGGGAAUACAAACAGGGUGACCCUGGGAUCUUUGCCUGGGAGAUCCGGGACAGGCUUCUCGCAGAUGGAGUUUGCGACAAAUACAACGUCCCUUCAGUCAGUUCAAUAAGCCGGAUUUUACGGAACAAGAUUGGAAAUCUCUCCCAACCGAACCAAUAUGACAGCAGCAAGCAAGGAUCUACUCAAGCCGGUCUCUCCUACAACCACAUUUACCCCUAUUCGUACCCUAACGCCAUGUCACCCACUGGAAACAAAAUGGUAAACCCUCCAGGAGUACCCGUGACGGCCGGGCAUAGCCUAUCGAGGGCUUGGCCAUCGGCGCACACCGUCAGCAAUAUUCUAGGUAUAAGAGCCUUCAUGGAUCCGGCAGCCAUUGCUGCAGCAGAGGGGUAUCCACCGAAAAUGGAGGACUGGAGUAGUGUCAAUAGAGCAACGUUUCCCUCAGCUCAUGCAAACGGUAUUGACAAAUCAACCCUUGAUGGGGACAUCAAAUAUGCACAGCCGUCGUCAACAUUGUCCAGUUAUGUCCCAGCUUGUGCAUACACACCUACAAAUCAGUAUGGCGUUUACAGUGGGCCAGGUAGCUAUGUGACUCCUGGGCACCAUUGGCAGUCGCAGACGUCGAGCUUGACCCAUCCAAGCAGCGGAAUGACGAUGCACGCAGGCGACAUCCAUUCCAUGGCAUUCAAGCAUCCGUCCCGAGAAGGAGACAGAAAACCCCCCAGUCCUUUAAGCAAGCAGCAGCACGAGGCCUUGAACAGUGUACACGGACACAAUAUUCCGACCUCAUCCUCAUAACGCAGGUCUCCAUCGUGAUGGAAUUUGGGACUAAAUGCAAAUCACAGAUCCUUCUAGGCCCAAUUGAACACAUUUCAAGAAUACUAACAGUAAGUGCAAGCACUAUUUAUAAUUUGUUUGCCGUAAGUACUUCGACUGGUCAGACCAUAGCCUGUUCUAUUCACCGUAGCUACAAACAGACAUUUUGUCAAUCUGUGGCCAUUUGAAUGUACAUUUAUAAGGAUGCUCCUGUCGUCAUUGCGUUGGUGGUUGGCGAUUUUCAUAUUAUUUUAAUUGAAAAUAAAACCCGUAAUGUACAGCCUACUUUCUGAUGAAAGCAGCGGGAUGUACUUGUCAUGUCUGUCAGCGAUAUUUUAUUUAAAACUUUAUGGUGUAGAUAAGACAUCCAUUUGACAAUGGAACUGUAUCCUGGGUAGCCUACAAACGAUAAAUUAUCUUGAUUAGAUUUUUUCAUAUUUUUUUUGACAUAGGAUUAUGUGAACAAAUGGAUACAUUAUAAAUGCUGACUAUUUUGCCAAAGAUUUAAUUAUAUAUUUUUAUAAAUCCCAUGUAAAUAUGCUAAAUAAAUGCUUUAAAAAAUAUAUUUGUUCCAGUCAACAUGAAUGUUACAUUUUCUAAGACAUUUGCUUGGCAUUUCAAAACUGCUGUAGGCCUGUUCAUUCACUGUUUAUUGAUGCUAAGAGGGUUAGCCUUAGAUGUACAUAGACAUAAUUGGCUUUCAUGCAUAUUAAUCAGUUUGAAGAAUAUUGACAUGCUUCUGAAUGACGUUUGAUGCCUCAGGUUAUGAUUUUUUGGGGUUGCUUCCAGAUAGGGCUAAUUUAGAUAUAGAACUUAAGAUAUAGAGCAUCUAAUGCUGCAGAACAGCAUUAGAUGCACUUAAGCUGAAGCAUCUCUCUCUCUCUCUCUCUCUCUCUCUCUCUCUCUCUCUCUCUCUCUCU